AUGACGAAGCUAGACGUUCAUUCUUUGCCGACAGGGAUCAGCUUGGAUCCUGGUUCUCGAAUCAACCAGGAUUAUGGAUCUCAAAAUCCGCCUAUUUCGGCCCAGUAUGAGCCAAUUGCUAUAAUCGGCGCUGGUUGUCGGUUACCUGGAGCAAACUCUCUUGAAGAGUUAUGGGAACUCGUCUCCAAAGGGGAGUCAAAGGUUCAGCCCCUUGGCGAGGAUCGAUUUCAAAUACAACAAUCUUUUCGAUCGUCUCAGAAUAAAGAAUGGUUCGAUCAACAAAACUUUCACGGCAACUUCGUCAAUGACGUGGAUAAAUUUGACCACGGCUUCUUUGGGGUCAGUCUUCGCGAGGCGGCCCACAUGGACCCCCAACAACGAUUGCUGCUUAUGGUUGCCUUCGAGGCCCUCGACUCCAGCGGUUAUACUCAUCAUCACCGUCGGGAAGACGGAGAUCCGGUGGGAUGUUUCAUUGGCGCCAGCUAUACCGAAUACCUAGAGAACACAAGCGCUUAUUCCCCCUCAGCCUUCACAGCCACUGGCACGAUUCGCGCGUUUCUCUCUGGUAAGAUCAGCCAUCACUUCGGCUGGACUGGACCAUCUGAAGUGAUUGACACUGCAUGCUCGGCAUCCCUGGUUGCGAUCCAUCGUGCUUGCCGUGCCAUUCAAACUAAAGAGUGCUCGAUGGCGCUAGCGGGAGGAGUAAACAUCAUCACUGGGGUCGACAAUUACUUUGACUUGGCUAAAGCAGGCUUUCUCAGCGGCACUGGGCAGUGUAAGCCUUUUGACCAUGGUGCUGAUGGGUACUGUCGAGCAGAUGGAGUGGGGUUGAUUGUACUCAAGUCCCUACAGCAAGCCAUCAUUGAUGGUGAUCAGAUACUCGGCGCGAUUGAAUCUUCCAGUACCAACCAGGGAGGCCUCAAUUCGGCCUCAAUCACAGUACCGGACUCGGCUGCUCAACAAUCGCUGUACCAAAAAGCCCUCGAUGAGGCUCAUCUCGCGCCUGAUCAAGUAUCAUACGUCGAGGCGCAUGGUACUGGAACACUCGUUGGGGAUCCAAUCGAGAUAAACAGCAUUCGACAAGUUUUUGGUGGAUCUCAAAGAGCAGAUCCACUGUAUAUUGGAUCCUUGAAAGCAAAUUUGGGCCAUAGCGAGACUGCUGCCGGUGUUGCAGGCCUCUUGAAAGUCCUGUCAAUGUUUGCGAAUAAAAUUAUCCCGCCAUUGGCCGGAUUCCACAUGCUGAACCCGACGAUAUCUUCAUUGGAGCCCGACCGCCUAGUCAUCCCGUCAAGUAUGGCACCAUGGGAAAUUGGCCAGCACCGGAAGAAACGAAUUGCUUGUGUCAAUGGAUACGGUGCUUCGGGUAGUAACGCUGCACUCCUAGUGUCCGAGUACAAUCACCCUCAGAAACAGCAUUCCAGAUCCUACAUCCCGGCAGCUUUUCCUGUGCUACUAAGUGCUGCCUCUCUGGAGAGUCUGAAAGCAUACGCAAAUCGGUUGGCCUCAUUCUUGCGACAAGCCCCCCCAAACGCCAGCUUGGCCGAUGUGGCAUUCACUCUCAGCGAACGCCGCAAACACCAUCGUGUUCGCUGGUCCACUCAAGUAAGCGAUUUAUGCCAGCUCAGCCAGGAGCUGGAUACCGGACUCAAGGAUAUAUCGACGUUAUCCAAGAGCCCGAAAAGUCUGGUGUUGGUUAUAUCCGGGCAAAGCAGAGCCACCAUUGGACUGGAUCCAGAAAUGGUGCAGACAUAUCCGCUCUUCCAGAGCUACCUCAACCAGUGCAGUCAAAUCCUCAAGGAUCUUGGACAUCCCGAUAUCCUGCCCGCUUUGAGUCAAACGGAGCCAAUCGCGGAUAUCUUGGUUUUGCAGUGUGGAACAUUUGCAGUACAGUAUGCCUCUGCCAGGUGUUACAUCGAUACUGGGAUGCCGGUUGAUGCCGUUGUUGGACAUUCUCUGGGUGAACUCACGGCUCUGGCUGUCUCUGGGGCUUUGUCACUGAAGGAUGCUUUGAAAUUGAUAUCUCAACGCACCUCUCUGAUGAAAACGAAAUGGAGCACCGAGCGUGGGAUAAUGCUGGCAGUCCAUGCUGACUUGGUAACUGUUCAGGACAUUCUGGCUGCAGUGGAGAAUGCAAAUGAAAAAUUGGAGAUUGCAUGCUAUAACAGUCAGAAGAGCCAUGUUGUCGUAGGUACUGAAGGGGCUAUCGCUACGGCGGAAGAGCUGAUUAGUCACGAUGCGAAAUUCCGGCGCGUGCGGUACCGCCGCGUGGCUGUGAGCCAUGGCUUCCAUUCGCGAUUCACUGAGGGUCUUCUCGCAGACCUGGUGGAGUUCGGCAAGUCUCUUGACUUCAAGCAACCUAUCAUUCCACUUGAAACCUGCACCAGAUACUCACAGAGGGACGCUACUCAAGCUCCGAAUUAUUUGGCAUCCCAUUCCAGAGAUCCGGUAUACUUUUCGGAGGCCAUACAGCGCAUUGAGGCGCGCCUCGGCCCCUGCGUGUGGCUGGAGGCUGGAUGGGGCACACCCAUAGUGAACAUGACCAAAAAGGCAGUUUUGGAUCCAGAAUCCCACACCUUCCAACCAGCUACAUUUCCGGCCCAGCUGAUGGCCGCUCUCUGGAGUGAGGGGAUUCCAGGUACAUUCUGGGCAUUUCUUUCGCCAACAGAACUGGGUCUGAAGCCGGUCUCCCUCCCUCCAUAUCAAUUCAACCUCUCUCGCCACUGGCUACCCCAUGUUGACCGUGCGAUAGAAGAGCAACAGGCAAAAGUUCAAUCAAGUUGCACUCUGAAGGAAGGAGUGAAACCAACGUCGCUGGUGACUUACAUAGCUGCGCCUAGCCCUGUUGACAAAUCGCAUCACUUUCGCAUCCACACCGAUACAGAACGAUACACGAAGAUUGUUAAAGGCCAUGCAGUCUGCCAGAAGCCACUUUGUCCAGCCUCAAUAUAUAUGGAAUGCGCAGUUUUGGGUGUCUCUCUAAUUGGCGGCGACCUUCGUUCCCCAGCGCUCAGCUUCCAGAACAUAUGCUUCCAUCGUGGUCUGGGAUGCGAUGAAAAUAUGGACGUUGAAAUGGUCCUUGAUGGCGAGCUGAAUUCCCAUUCCUCGCCAUGGCACUUCAUUGUCCGUUCAUCGAAAGCCACGACUCAUGUUGAAGGAGAUCUCCGCCUUAUCACACCUGCCGAGACUGACUUUGACCUCUAUGGUCGGCUUGUCUCCGAUCGGAUCAAGGUCGUCAAGAAUGACCCCACGCUGGACACACUCAAGAGUGACCGGGCAUAUGCGCUUUUCUCCCGGGUUGUGGAAUAUGGAGAUAUACUACGAGGUAUAUCGUGGAUCGCUUUGGGCACCACCGAGGCGGUUGCUGAAAUCAAUGUUCCCAGCUUGACAUGGACUCAGCCGGAGAGCUCGGUCUCGAAUAUCAUUGAAGCCAUCGCCAUUGAUACAUUCAUCCAAGUACUAGGGUUGCUAAUCAACAGCAGUGGUGACCCGACGGGAGCCCGAGAGAUUUGGGUGGCCACUGCCAUUAACAAAAUGGUUGUUCUCCCCUGCGAUUUCAGCAAAAAGCAAACUUGGUCUGUUUAUGCCAAGUUUAGAAACACGACAAGCCACCAGGUCAGCGGCGAUUUAUUUGUAUUCUCCCAGACCGGUGAGCUUAAAAUGAUAGGGUCCGGGAUCCAGUUUACAAAAGUCCAAGCGGCGAAACUGGAACGACUGCUAGAAGUAGCAAAGACGGUUCCAUACCAGGGAAAUAUCGGGCCGCAAAGCCAGAGAGAACCCACGUUGUCUGAGAGUUGGAAAAAAGAUGUUCUGUGUUCCAACCCGACAGGAAAAGACGAAUUUGGAGCCAGAUUUGAGAAUGGAUUGCGAUCGCUCAUCUCAUCCUAUACGGGAGUGGCUCUGGCAGAAAUUUCAGACAGCGAAAGCAUGACCAGCAUGGGAAUAGACUCACUAGGAGCCAUUGAGCUUGCAGACGAACUCCAAUCGAAGUUCGGGAUCAUCAUCUCCACCGACGAUCUGCUAAGCAGCAGCAUGAUCCAACUUCUAGGCUCUCUUUCUGGAAGUGAUAUCAAUACACCAUCCUCCAGAGCCAAUUCUAACCCAGAGCCUUCGUCUUAUCUGUCUCUAGACAUAGAUUUGACGACACCUCUCCGCCGAUGGACGAGAUAUAAAGAAGAUUCCAAUUCACGUCACAGAGUGGAAACUUUGGUCUAUAAAGAAGUUGAAGGCAUCGAGAUCCACGCCGACGUCAUGGUCCCACUCAAACCACCAUCGCACGCGAUGCCCAUAGCCUUGAUGAUCCACGGUGGCGGUCACAUGACGCUAUCCAGGAAGGCUGUGCGCCCAGCACAGACGGCCUGGUUACUCGCCAACGGCAUUCUUCCCGUCAGCGUCGACUAUCGACUUUGCCCGCAGGUCAAUAUCAUUGAUGGCCCGAUGACGGAUAUCAGAGACGCGCUUUCAUGGGCCCAGAAAAUUCUGCCGUCAACAAUUAGUGCUCAAGGGGUCUUAGUUGAUCCAACGCGAACCGUCAUUAUCGGAUGGUCGACCGGCGGUCACCUUGCUAUGACCACCGCGUGGAUGGCGCCCGCUAUCGGACUACAGCCUCCUGUUGCUAUUCUCUCAUUCUACUGCCCCACCGACUAUAAGCCAUCAGGUAUCGGCCCAUUCCAUAUCUAUAUUCUAUCCUAA